CACCGCAUAGUGGCAGAAUGUCACUGUACAAAACACGGAGAAAAGCCAAAAACCAUACCAAACACAGCAUAAUCCGCUUUUGCUGUCAUUUCAUGCCCUUCGAUUUCAAUUCAGCAAAACACACUCAUCACGGUCUCUCACAACCCCAACAAGUGUUCAUCCGCAGAGAUUAACACUGUGACCCAAAAAGUGUGCGAGAGAGAGAGAGUGGAAUGAAGAAACGCAAGUGGAUUCCGUUGGUGGUGCUGAGAAAGUUGCUCAUUGCGGCCAUAUGUUCCAUAGCGUUUGUUGCUCUCUUCUCUGCGCGCGUACACAUUGUCCCUUCUUCUAAAGAUCAGAGGUUCAACGACAAGAUCUCCACGACUCAGGAUCCGCAAAGCUGGAUGCGGGAGCUCGCCCCACCUCAUUUAUCCAAAGCUCCACUUCCUACUCCCAAGUUGAGUGGUUCAAAAGGGAAUUUAGAUUACCAGAAGCUGUGGAAGCCUCCAUCAAAUCGUGGGUUUCUGCCCUGUACAAACCCUACACCUAAUUACACCACUCCUGCCGAGUCACAAGGAUAUCUUUUAGUUCAUACAAAUGGCGGGCUCAACCAAAUGCGUUCUGGGAUAUGUGAUAUGGUAGCAGUAGCUCGAAUCAUAAAUGCCACUCUUGUAAUUCCAGAACUUGAUAAAAGGUCUUUUUGGCAAGAUACUAGCAAUUUCUCUGAUAUUUUUGAUGAAGAGUAUUUUAUGAAUUCUCUUGCUAAUGAUGUAAAAAUCAUUAAGAAACUUCCCAAAGAAUUGGUUAAUGCAACCAGAGUCGUCAAGCAAUUCAUAAGCUGGUCUGGCAUGGAUUACUAUGAGAAUGAGAUUGCUAGCUUGUGGGAAGAUUACCAAGUUAUUCGAGCUUCCAAAUCUGAUUCACGAUUAGCAAACAACAAUCUGCCUCCGGACAUUCAGAAGCUCCGCUGCCGGGCUUGUUAUGAAGCACUUCGCUUCUCUCCUCGCAUUGAACAAAUGGGAAAAUUAUUGGUGGAGAGGAUGAGGUCAUUUGGUCCUUAUAUUGCAUUGCAUUUGCGUUACGAGAAGGAUAUGCUCGCAUUUAGUGGGUGCACUCAUGAUUUAUCUCCUGUUGAAGCUGAAGAGCUACGAUCGAUCAGAGAGAACAUUUCCUAUUGGAAAAUAAAGGAGAUUGAUCCAAUAGAGCAGAGGUCCAAAGGGCUUUGCCCCUUAACUCCCAAGGAAGUUGGGAUUUUUCUUACUGCUCUUGGAUACCCAUCAACAACUCCAAUAUAUAUUGCUGCCGGAGAGAUAUAUGGGGGUGAGUCUCACAUGGCUGAACUGCGUUUCCGUUAUCCAUUGUUGAUGAGCAAGGAAAAGUUGGCAUCCAUAGAAGAGCUUGAACCUUUUUCUAAUCAUGCAUCCCAAAUGGCUGCUCUUGACUAUAUUGUAUCUAUUGAAAGUGAUGUAUUUAUACCUUCUUAUUCUGGAAAUAUGGCAAAGGCUGUUGAGGGUCAUCGCCGUUUUCUUGGACGUGGAAGAACAAUAUCUCCAGACAAGAAAGCCCUUGUUCAUCUGUUCGAUAAACUGGAGCAGGGAAUAAUAACUGAGGGGAAGAAACUAUCAAAUAGGAUUAUUGAUCUCCACAGAAGACGACUUGGUUCUCCCAGGAAGAGAAAAGGGCCAAUUUCUGGAACAAAGCACAUGGACAGGUUUCGGUCAGAAGAAGCCUUUUAUGCUAAUCCCUUGCCUGAUUGUUUAUGCCGGACAGAAACAGAACCACCGCCUCUGAAUGUCUCUCAGAUUGUUUGAUAGAUCAGAUACUACUGAACUUUUUCCUUGGAAAUAAUACUCCUUGGAGAAAAGAUGGCACAUGUGUAAUCAUAUACACAAAGUUUGAGCAUAAGAUCUGAUGUGCAGCUGGAAGGUGGUACUGUGGUGGCAGAGUGUAUAUACCGGUAUCGCAGUUACACGUACCCUUUAGUUUGGGGUGGGGAAAUAAAGGAAAUGAAAGGAAAGGAAAAGAAAACCCAUAUUCGGGUUUUGAUAUAAAAAAAAUUAGAGAUUGGGAUGAUUAGUUCCUGGGUCUAGUAGGGUAGGAUGGAGUGUAGAGCCUUAGUUGUGUGGACAAGCCUUAGCUAUUUAUAAAGUGGUAGAGUGUAGAGUUUUCGGAUAUGGCCAGGGAUCUCAAUCACCUGUUAUUUGUAUUUCUUCUUGAGCAAUAUAGUUCCACAUUUUGUAGUUUGUUCUUGUUGAAGACAACAAAAUGCAAAAAUCUUUUAUUGUUCCAAAA